CGUCAAAUUUCUCAUUUUUCUUUACGUCUUUCUUUCUUAACCCUAGUUUCUUGAAUAAAUUUUCUGUACUCGAUUAUAAAAUCCUUUAUCCACCCCUUGAUUCAGAUAAGAGAAUUGUAGAUAUUAAGGUCUGAAAAUAGAGACUAUCCGAAGUGCAUCAGAGCUUGGAUGCCUGGUAAUAAAAUUUCCCACUCGCCCAUGACAUUGAACAUAUCAGCUGCGUGUACACCGUUUCCGUGUCAUUGCAAGAUAUAAAUCCAGGGAUCAUUUAUUAUGUGAGCAAUCUGACGAGUUUGGUGUUAUUUCUUCCAAAAUGGCGAAAUUGAUCACCGUAUUUGGAGCCACAGGAACGCAAGGCGGUUCUCUGGUUAGGGCACUUCUUCAGGACAGUAACUUUAAGGUUCGAGGAAUCACAAGAAAUGUGGAUAGCGAGAAGGCUAAAGCCCUAGCACAAAAAGGGGUUGAAAUGGUGAAAGCCUCGACUGAUGAUGUAUCUUCUUUGGAACCUGCUAUGGCGGGAAGUUACGGUGUCUUUGCAAUGACAAGCUAUUGGGAAUUGAUGGACCAGGCAAAAGAAGUUGAGAUGGGCAAAAACAUGGUCGACGUUGCCAGGAAAGUUGGCGUGAAGCAUUUUGUCUUUAGUGGUCUACAGUCAGUCAAGAAGGCCAUUGGAAAGCCAUGUCCUCACUUCGACGGAAAAGCGGAAAUAGAAGAAUACAUGUUUGCCUCAGGUCUACCUGCUUCUUCAGUUCGCUAUGCCAUGUACAUGGAUAACAUCUUUACCCAGACAACACCGCAAAACGUUGGCGGCGAUGAGUAUCUUUGGCACAUUCCGGUGGCAAAUCAGAAGCUCCACAUGGUGUAUACCAGUGAAGCCGGGCGUGCAGUUGCAGCCAUCUUUAAGAAUCCUGAUGAGUAUAUUGGAAAAAGUGUUGGAUUGGCAGGCGAUGAAAGGACCGUGUCGCAAUACUGUGAUAUCCUCAAUUCUCAUCUUGCUCCUGCUAAAGUCACGCCCUCUCCGAUGACACCAGAAGAUUUUUCUAAGCUGCCGAUUCCUGGAGCGGAUGAUUUCGCCGUCAUGUUUGAGUUUCUGCAAACCGACCAUCCAUGCUACAGCGUUGAUGAAACCAAGAAACUUGAUCAAAAUACCAUCGACUUUGAAGGGUUUGUAAAAGCCAACAAGGAGAAAAUACUGGCGGCUAUGAACAAGAAUACGUCUCAUUGAGAGACAUUAUUGCAUCAUAUACUUUCAUACCUGAAGGAAACCUUUUUAGCCAAUUCUUUACACGGUGAAGGGUAUAGCUAACUAGGCUAUGUUUAAAUCAUUCUUAAAAGACUUAACUUAAUUUGAAGCACGGUUAUAGAUGACAGAGAGUAUUCUAACGUAAAAUAAGAAAAGAAAGGAAUGAAAUAAUAAAUCUGCUAAAAUUUGAUGAAAAAAUAAAUGCAUGCAAACAACGUUUUAUCAGAACUUGAGGCUCGAAAUGAUCCUUGGCUUUAUAUCAGAGUAACUGUUCAAGUGUGUUUUCUCUCUUUAAACAAUUCAUAUGCAAAUGAUCGAGGCGAAGUGAGGCACUUAUCACCUAAAUAUCAAAAUUUAUGAAGUAAAAUAAUUAUAAGAAUAUACUGUUGUCUUACUUGUUUCAAAAUAAUUUACAAUUUAGCAUUUAAUUUGCGCACUCUUUGAGCAAGAGGAGCAAAAAUAUAUCACAUGCUUUACCUUCAUGAAAUACAGAGUAAAGGUAGUUUUGAACUUCGUUAUUCCGAUUCGUUUGUUUUGUUUCGCAACUCAAGAUAAUGUAAUGUUUAGAUGUUGUUAAUAAUAAUAAUAUAGGAUAUUUAUAUUGCGCACAUAUCCACCUUGUUAGGUGCUCAAGGGGCUCCUAUA